CUCCUACCCUUCACUCCUCUUUACGAAACGGAGCUGUCAUCAUCUCCAAUCCUACUGUCUCCGUUUCUAUUCCUCAAUUCCUCCGCACUCUCCUUUUCAUUCCUGUAUACUAGUCAGGAGUUCCAUACCCCAACCAUUACCUCCGAGUACCUCCUCCUGAAGUACGACUCGGAUAUACGCUUUCUUCGGAGCAUAUCCAUCCAUCGGUGCUUUUGAAGAGUGUCGAUUUCUCUUGGAAUUGAGAGAGAUCGGACUAUACACAUGUCCACCCCAAUUCGAGAGAGAAAUCUCGACCUCAGGAUCACCCCCUCCUCUCGCACCAUGUACGGCUCCGGUCCUCAAACGGGCGUCGCAACCCCACGAUCCCAAGCCUCCCUCCGUCCUCUCACCCUCUCCCACGGCUCGCUGGAAUACCAAUUCCUCAUCCCAACCGCCUUCCACUACCACGCCACCGAGCUCAAAGAUGCCUUCAUCAAAUCCCUCCCGGAGGCAACCGAAGAACUUGCCCUCGAUGACGAGCCUUCAUCCGAGGCCGAACUUGUUGCUCGAUAUCUCGGUCACAUUGCCAACCAUACCGAAGUCGCCGACGACCCGGACCCAUACGAAGAGGUGCUGAAAGUCAUCUUGAAUGAAUUUGAGCGUGGGUUCCUUCGAGGAAAUGAGGUCCAUGCGCUUGCCGCUUCAUUACCCGGCAUCGUCUCGAAGAAGAAUAUCGUCUGCCAAUCGUACUACAAGGCUCGCGCCGUUGCAGAGCGUCCAUUGAAGGGUCACGAGUCCGCGCUCUUCCGCGAGGCGGAGAACGGGAAUGCGUUCCUUUACGCCGUGUUUGGCGGCCAAGGCAACAUCGAGGAGUACUUCGACGAACUCCGAGAAGUCUACCAGACCUACGGUCCGUUCGUCGAGCAAUUCGUAACCGAUGCGGCCGCCUUGUUGCUACAGUUAUCGAGAGACCCCAAGGCAGAGAAGCUCUACCCCAAAGGCCUCGAUGUCAUGCGAUGGCUGCACAACCGAGACUCACAGCCAGAUAUCGAAUACUUGGUGUCUGCGCCCGUGAGUCUGCCACUGAUUGGGUUGACCCAGCUCUCUCAUUACCUGGUAACCUGCCGAGUGAUGGGGUCGCAUCCCGGUCUCAUCCGCGAUCGUCUGCGUGGUGUAACCGGCCACUCACAAGGCAUCGUCACUGCGGCUGCAAUCGCCGCGUCGAGCGACUGGCCGUCGUUCGAUAAGUACGCCAUGAAUGCGCUAAAGGCCCUCUUUUGGAUCGGAUCCCGCAGCCAGCAAGCAUACCCUCGGACGUCCAUCAACCCGAACUACCUCCAAGACUCGCUCGAUCACGGCGAAGGUGCGCCGACUCCGAUGCUGUCCAUUCGUGACUUGUCACAAGCGCAAGUCCAAUCACACAUCGAUGCGACGAAUGAGCAUCUUCCGAAAGACCAGCAUGUUGGCAUCUCUCUUGUCAACUCCGCCCGCAACGUGGUGGUGACUGGUCCUCCGAUCUCAUUGUACGGUCUGAACCAGCGUUUGCGCAAAGUGAAGGCUCCGACCGGCUUGGACCAGACUCGCAUCCCCUUCACCGACCGCAAAGUCCGCUUCGUCAACCGUUUCCUUCCCAUCACCGCCCCUUUCCACAGCCCACUCCUGUCGGAAGCCUACAAGCUCAUCAUCGACGACUUGAAGGACAUCCAGAUCCCAGCCGCCGACCUCGCCAUCGCCACGUACAAUACUCACACUGGCAAAGAUCUCCGAGAAGAGGCUGGCAACGCCAACGUCGUGCCUGCUCUCGUUCGCAUGAUCACCACCGAGGCCGUCAACUGGGAGACGGCAACCGUCUUCCCCAAGGCAACCCAUAUCAUCGACUUGGGUCCGGGCGGCAUCUCCGGUCUUGGCGUCUUGACCAACCGCAACAAGGACGGCACUGGCGUCCGCGUCAUCCUCGCCGGCACCAUUGACGGGACCAACGCAGAAGUCGGCUACAAGCCCGAACUGUUCGACCGCGACUCCGAGCACGCGGUCAAGUAUGCCCCUGACUGGGUCAAGGAACACGGUCCCCGCCUGAUCAAGACGUCCGUUGGCCAGACGAUCGUCGACACGAAGAUGUCGCGACUCGUCGGUCUUCCACCCGUCAUGGUCGCCGGUAUGACGCCGUGCACUGUGCCAUGGGAUUUCGUCGCGGCGACGAUGAACGCCGGCUACGAGAUCGAGUUGGCCGGUGGUGGAUACUACGACGAAAAGUCCAUGACCGAAGCGAUCCGCAAGAUCGAAAGCGCCACCCCCGCCGGCCGCGGCAUCACCGUCAACCUCAUCUACGUCAAUCCGCGCGCUAUGAACUGGCAGAUCCCUUUGAUCGCCAAACUCCGCGCCGAGGGCGUCCCCAUCGAAGGGCUCACCAUCGGGGCCGGCGUUCCGAGCAUCGAGGUGGCGAACGAAUACAUCGAGACCCUCGGCAUCAAGCACAUCGCCUUCAAGCCCGGCUCCAGCGAGGCGAUCCAACAAGUCAUCAACAUCGCCAAAGCCAACCCCACCUUCCCUGUCCUCCUUCAAUGGACCGGUGGCCGUGGUGGCGGGCAUCACUCCUUCGAGGACUUCCACCAACCCAUCCUCAGCAUGUAUUCCCGUAUCCGCAAGUGCGAGAACCUCGUCCUCAUCGCCGGCUCCGGCUUCGGUGGCGCUGAAGACACCUACCCCUACCUCACCGGCGCCUGGUCCGCGAACUACGGCUAUCCUGCCAUGCCGUUCGACGGCGUCCUCUUCGGCUCCCGCAUGAUGACCGCCAAGGAAGCGCACACCUCUAAGAACGCCAAGCAAGCCAUCUGCGAUGCCGAAGGCCUCGACGACGGCGAGUGGGAGAAGACGUACAAAGGCCCCGCCGGCGGCGUCAUCACGGUGCGCUCAGAGAUGGGCGAGCCGAUCCACAAGCUGGCGACACGCGGCGUGCGGUUCUGGGCGGAGAUGGAUCAGAAAAUCUUCGCGCUGGACCGGGCGAAACGGGUGCCGGAGCUGAAGAAGAUGCGCGCGCACAUCAUCCGAAAGCUGAACGACGACUUCCAGAAGGUGUGGUUCGGGCGGAACGCGCGGGGGGAGAGCGUGGAUUUGGAGGAUAUGACGUACGCCGAAGUAGUGCGCCGCAUGGUGGAGUUGAUGUUCGUGACGCAUGAGAAGCGCUGGAUCGAUAAGAGUCUGGCGAAGCUGGCGGGGGAUUUCAUGCGGCGGGUCGAGGAGCGUUUUAUCGUUGGCGCGGGGAAGUCGAGCAUCGUGCAGAACUACGCGGAGCUCAACGACCCGUUCCCCGUCGUCGAGCGGCUGAUCGCCGAGUAUCCCGACGCGGAAACUCAGCUCAUCAACGCGCAGGAUGUGCAGCACUUCCUGAUGCUGUGCAUGCGGCGGGGGCAGAAGCCCGUGCCGUUCGUACCUGUCCUCGACGAUAACUUCGAGUAUUUCUUCAAGAAAGACAGCCUGUGGCAGUCGGAGGACCUCGAGGCGGUCGUCGGUCAAGAUGUUGGACGGACGUGUAUCCUUCAGGGACCGAUGGCGGCGAGGUACAGCAAGGUCGUCGACGAGCCGGUCAAGGAUAUUCUGGAUGGUGUGCAUGACAACCAUAUCAAGAUGCUCACCCGGGAUUACUAUCACGGCGACGCGUCUAAGAUCCCCGUGAUCGAAUACUUCGGCAGCAAACUCCUCGGCGUGUCGGAUGAGAUCGACGUGGAAGGGCUAGACGUCACCGAGCUAGAGAACAAGCUCACCUACCGUCUGUCGGAUGCGCCCAACGCAACGCUGCCAAAUGUCGACGACUGGAUGCAGCUACUUGCCGGCACCACGUACUCCUGGCGCCACGCAUUCUUCACCGCCGACGUCUUCGUGCAAGGCCAACGUUUCCAAACCAACCCCAUGCGCCGCAUCUUUGCUCCCACCAAGGGCAUGACCGUGGAAAUUACCAACCCCAACACCCCGGCGACGACCGUCAUCUCCAUCUUCGAGCCCUACAACGGCGGCUCCAAGACCACGCAAACUGUCGACAUCUCCAUGACCUCGGCCAACGAGAUCAAAGUCGACCUGAUCGAGCACCGCACCGUCGAGAAGGCCCCCGUCCGCCUCCCCCUGCGCUUCACCUACCAUCCGGAGACUGGCUACGCGCCGAUCCGCGAGGUCAUGCAGGCGCGCAACGACCGCAUCAAGGAGUUCUACUACCGCGUGUGGUUCGGCGCCGACCCCUGCCCCUUCGAGACACCCGUCACCAGCAAGUUCGACGGCGGGCGCGCGGUCGUCACCACCGAGGCAAUCAACGACUUCGUGCACGCGGUCGGCAACACGCAGGAGGCGUUCGUCGAGCGGCACGGAAAAGAAGUGUUCGCGCCAAUGGACUUCGCGAUCGUCGUGGGCUGGAAAGCCAUCACGAAGCCGAUCUUCCCGCGCGCGAUCGACGGCGAUCUGCUGAAGCUCGUGCACCUGAGCAACGGGUUCCGCAUGAUCCCCGGCGCGGAGCCGCUGAAGAAGGGCGACGUGCUGGAUACUACGGCGCAGGUGAACGCGGUGAUCAACCAGGACUCCGGGAAGAUGGUCGAAGUGUGCGGGACGAUCACGCGCGACGGGGAACCGGUGAUGGAGGUGACGUCGCAGUUCCUGUAUCGUGGAGUCUAUACGGAUUUCGAGAACACGUUCCAGCGGAAGACGGAGACGCCGAUGAAGCUGACGCUCGCGACGAGCAAGGACAUCGCGGUCCUUCGCAGCAAGGAAUGGUUCCGCAUGGAGCGCGAUGACAUCGAUCUCCUCAACCAAACCCUCACCUUCCGCCUACAGAGCCUCGUCCGCUACCAGAAUCAAUCCGUCUUCUCCUCCGUGCAGACCCUCGGCGAAGUCCUCCUCGAGCUGCCCACGAAGGAAGUCAUCCAGAUCGCCUCCGUCGAGUACGAAGCCGGCGCCUCGCGUGGCAACCCCGUCCUCGACUACCUCACCCGCUCUGGCAGCGCCCUCGACCAGCCCGUGCACUUCGAGAACGCCAUUCCCCUCAACCGCAAGACCCCGCUCGUACUCAAGGCGCCCGCCAGCAACGAGACCUACGCGCGCGUGUCGGGCGAUUAUAACCCGAUCCACGUGUCCCGCGUGUUCGCGUCGUACGCGAACCUUCCCGGGACGAUCACGCAUGGGAUGUACAGCAGCGCGGCAGUGCGCUCGCUCGUCGAGACGUGGGCGGCGGAGAACCACAUUGGUCGCGUGCGAAGCUUCCACGCGAACCUGGUGGGGAUGGUGUUGCCAGACGACCUGAUCGACGUGAAGCUGACGCACGUGGGGAUGGUGCGCGGGCGGAAGAUCAUCAAAGUGGAGGCGGCGAGCGCGGAAACAGAGGAGAAGGUGUUGUUGGGCGAGGCGGAAGUGGAGCAGCCAGUGAGUGCGUAUGUGUUUACGGGGCAAGGGAGCCAGGAGCAGGGGAUGGGGAUGGAUUUGUAUGAGGCGAGUGAGGUGGCACGGGAGGUGUGGGAUCGGGCGGAUAAGCAUUUUAUGGAUAAUUAUGGCUUCGCGAUCACGAACAUCGUCAAGAAUAACCCGAAGGAACUCACGAUUCAUUUCGGUGGCCCGCGCGGAAAGGCAAUUCGUCAGAACUACAUGUCCAUGACGUUCGAGACCGUCCAGGCCGAUGGCACCGUCAAGACCGAGAAGAUCUUCAAGGAGAUCACCGAGGAUACCACCUCGUACACCUACCGCUCUCCGAACGGGCUCUUGUCCGCCACGCAGUUCACUCAGCCGGCCUUGACCCUUAUGGAGAAGGCCUCCUUCGAAGAUAUGCGUGCCAAGGGCCUCGUCCAACGCGAUAGUUCGUUUGCCGGCCACUCUCUCGGCGAGUACUCCGCGCUCGCGGCGCUCGCCGAAGUCAUGCCAAUCGAGUCGCUCGUCUCCGUCGUCUUCUAUCGCGGCCUCACCAUGCAGGUCGCCGUAGAGCGGGACGCGGCCGGCCGCUCGAACUACAGCAUGUGCGCCAUCAACCCGUCGCGGAUCAGCAAGACGUUCAACGAAGCGGCACUGCAAUUCGUGGUCGAGAACAUCGCGCAGAGCACUGGCUGGCUCCUCGAGAUCGUCAACUACAACAUCGCCAACAUGCAAUACGUCGCCGCCGGCGAUCUCCGCGCCCUCGACUGCCUCACCAACGUCCUCAACUACCUCAAGCAGCAGCAGAUCGACAUCCAGUCCCUCACCCAGCAGCUCUCCCUCGACGACGUGCGCGACCAUCUCCUCCAGAUCAUCACCGAGUGCGCCGCCACUACCCGCGCCAAAGCCGCCGCCGGUCCGCUCGAUCUGCAGCGUGGCUUCGCCACCAUCCCGCUCAAGGGCAUCGAUGUGCCGUUCCACAGCACUUUCCUGCGGUCGGGCGUCAAGCCGUUCCGCUCGUUCCUGCUGAAGAAAAUCAACAAGACCAGCAUCGAUCCGAGCAAGCUGAUCGGGAAAUACAUCCCGAACGUCACCGCGAAGCCGUUCGAGUUGACGAAGGAGUAUUUCGAGGAGGUGUAUAAGUUGACGAGCUCGCCGAAGAUUGGGAAUAUUUUGGCGAAUUGGGAGAAGUAUCAGGGAGAUGGCGUGGUGGACGGCGUGGGGAAGGCCGCGCCGGCGGCGUGAGGAGGGAUGUUGUUGGAUUUCGAGUGUCUAGAUCGGGGGUGGCGUUCAGUUGGCUGGAUCCGUGUUAGAUCCUGUUUGUUUCAAUACCUCAUGUAGUUGUAAUUAUUGAGCGUCUUAGAAUGGUCGUAGUACCGGCUCAUGGCGUCUUUUCGACAUUCAGGGGCUUGCUCUACGGAACUGUUAUUGUGAAGUCAUUGUUCGGGAGCGUGUUGCUAAGUAGAACAGCAUAACCCCGUUGGUCUUUAGACUGCGCCUGUCUUGGAUCGUUUCGCUGGGUGGUUUCGAGGUAUUGUAUUCUGAGAAGGUAAGAGACUAGUAGCCUAGCGAGUCAGGUCAUGAAAUUGGUAAGACAAGACUCCAUACUGCAUUUGCAACUAG